AUGUCCCCCUUGGAACACCUUGAGCAGAGUCGGCCCGAUCGCUACUCGUGUUGGACAAAGGCUGUCGUAAUUGGCAUGCAUCGGGGCGGAAAUUCCCCGGCGGGCAUGGGCCUGCACGACUCUUCGCUUAUCCGCCAACGACCUCGAUCUGGAGUUACCCCAGAUGUUUCGUUUUACGCCAAACACACCAUCUCAUCUAUCCCAUCGCACGGCUCAUAG